AUGGUUGAAACUCGCAGCAAAUCUCAGAACGGCUCCAAAAGAAAGCAGAAGGAGACCCCUGCUUCCCGGAACCCAGGACCUUCGGGUCACAAAAAUAAAAAAGGUGAAGAAAUCAAAGAUACUCAGGAGAAUGAGAAUUCUCAUGGUCCUUCAAGGACUGUUUCUCGAAUUAUUCACCCCUUUGUCCCCCGCAUCAUGAAAAUCCCAAUCCCUCGCGAUGUCAAGAUAACAACAGAAAAAUAUAACGGCAAGGGGGACCCUCAAGAGCAUCUGGAACAAUUCCAGACAAACAUGAUGGCACAAGAUGUCACAGAUCCAAUAGCAUGCCGACUAUUUCCUACAACUCUUAAGGAAACAGCCCUUAGAUGGGAAUACAAGACACAACAAAAGCGUGAUAGAAGCCCUGAUCACGACUCGAAUCCCAACGAGCAAAGGGCACGUCCUAGGAGAACUUAUAACUCCACUCGUAACAGUGACCGUAGAGAGGACAGAGCAACAUCAACUGACAGACGUCAUAGAACUCCAUCAAGAAACAGACAGCAAGGCGCAGGGCAACACCGUGAUGGACUACCCAAUAACGCAGCAGGCGUUCUAGCAACCAUUGCCGGGGGCUCAGCGGGAGGCGGUGCGACCACAUCUCAACGAAAAAAGCACUUAAAGUCAGUAAUGACAGUGCGCAAUCACGCACGCCCAUCAACCCCUCGCGAUCUAAAACAGGGCAUCAGUUUUGAUGAUGAUGACUAUGGUGACAUCAUCCCAGACCACGAUGACCCGCUAGUAAUCUCAGCAUGCAAGGCUAACCUCCAGGUAAAACGUAUUAUGAUUGAUAAUGGUAGUUCAGCUGAUAUCAUAUUCUGGGAUGCCUUUUACGCGAUGCACAUCCCAGAGGAACAUCUUCUGCAUGGAUGUUCGGAUUUAAUAGCCUUCGCUGGAGAAUGCAUACAACCUAAAGGCACCAUUGAAAUGUGGGUCACCUUUGGAAACAUGCCUUUAGCUCAAACUAUCAAGGUGAAAUUUUAUGUCAUUGAAUACGCUUCAGCGUAUAACAUCAUUUUAGGAAGACCAACUAUUGUGGCAUUAAAGGCAAUCAUUUCCAUGCCUCAUCUUUUGAUGAAAUUUCGUAACAAGUCUGGCACGGUAGUUGCCAUUAGAGGAGAUCAGAAAACAGCACGCAGUUGUUACAAUACCAGUCUAAGAGCCAAGACUCCUGUACAGCCUGAUGAAAAAGGCAAAGCAUCGGUAAAUAUGAUCGAUCUCGAUGUACGCGAUGAUCUACGCGAUAUUCGUCCUCAACCUGAUGGGGAGUUGGAAGACCUCCAGAUAGGCCCACUCCCUGACAACACUACCAAAAUUGGUCGAAACUUCCAAGAGGCUGAGAAAAGCGUGCUAAUAACCGUACUGCAAAAUAACAAAGACCUUUUUGCGUGGACAACCGCGGACAUGCCAGGGAUAGACCCAGGGAUAAUAUGUCACCAUUUAACCCUGGAUCCUAAAGCAAAGCCCAUCGCGCAGAAAAAGCGCAAAAUAUCCCCUGAGAAACAACAGGCGGUUGAAGCUGAAGUAACAAAAUUACUUGAUGCUGGAGUGAUUAGAGAAAUCACUUACUCUACAUGGCUCUCCAAUGUGGUAUUAGUCAAGAAACCCAAUGGAAAGUGGCGCAUGUGUACUGAUUACACAGAUCUUAACAAACACUGCCCAAAGGAUUUUUAUCCACUUCCCACCAUCGACAAGCUGGUCGAUAAUUCUGCAGGAUACCAAAUUUUAUCCUUUAUGGACGCAUAUUCUGGUUACAACCAGAUUCCAAUGUUCACACCAAAUGAGGAAGCCACAGCUUUCAUCACCGAAAAAGCUACUUACUGCUAUAACAUGAUGCCAUUUGGUCUAAAAAAUACUGGAGCCACUUAUCAACGCAUGAUGAACAAAGUUUUCAGCCAACAGAUAGGCCAGAUGCUUGAAGUUUACAUUGAUGAUAUGAUAGUCAAAACAAUGACAACUGCGCAACAUCCUCAAGAUUUGGAACAGGUAUUUCAACAACUGCGCAAAUACAGGCUACGGCUGAAUCCAGCUAAAUGCGCGUUUGGGGUACCUACUGGAAAAUUCUUAGGAUUCAUGCUCACGCAUCGCGGGAUAGAGGCCAACCCUGACAAAUGCAAUGCCAUUCUCAGCAUGACAAGCCCGCGAAACGUCAAGGAAUUGCAACAACUGACAUGA